AUGGCUAACGAUGGAGUGUAUCUGUUCAGCAGUAUGCAAAUGUGCGAUGCUGGCAGCGCAUUUACCAAUACCAACGCGUCGAAGGUCUCACUUGCACACACACACACGACGAAGGACGGCAACAUUGUAUGCGCCGACUGCCGAAACGCUGCAGCAUCAAGCGUACCAACAUUUAAGGAUGUCGUAGGAGCUAUGAAAGGAUUGCUUCAAAGAGGGGAAUCUUUAAGUGCAGGGCUCACGUUGAUGCAAAAGUUUACGGCAGGACGAGAGGGUUACGGUUCAGAUUCCAACAUUUAUCAUGCACUGGAAAGGGCACAGGAUGCAGCGAGGGCAGUUGGUGUUUUGGAAGGUUUAAUACCGACCGAUGACCGACCUGGCUCUUUUGAGUUGGGUGUUGAUUCAAGUCUCAUAGCAAGUUGCAAUGAUUUGGCGGAAUCUCUCAUAGCAAAGUGCCAGAAAGAACUCGUCGCAGUAUGUUCAUCGUUAGUAGGUCAUAUAAACGCUUACUGCCAGCCGCCGCUCAUUGUUAAAUUCCGAUGGCUACGACACUACAUGGCGCUGGAGUACCGUGUGGAGUACACUGCGGACUUGUCAAACUGUUUUUUUGAUGCCAUUUCCGGACGCUACGUUCCCGAUGUAUCUCAGGAAAACGUUGUUCUACAUGAGAUAGUACAGUGCAGUCAAGUGUCGCUCAUUAGUGUUGAAACGUGCUUCCGCUUGGCACUCGGACGGAUGGGUGAUUAUUUGAUGUCAAGAAAAUUAUUUAAAGCGAAAACAGAAUCCGCCGUGACUACACCAAUCGCCGUUGACGCACCGUCCUACACCUCCGCCGACGUCACCCCAUUUUGGUGGAACUACUACAGCUUCUCCAACACACUGGGCGAAGGAGAAAGUGCCGUUGAAAAUUACACCGUUAAAAGGUUAACCAGAUCGCAGAUUUUGAAGGCCCACGAAGAUGGUGCGUCCACACCCGUCGCGCGCAAGUCACGAAACAGCCUAGAGGAGCAUUUAGUAAGCACACACUGCGUAUCCUCGGAUAAUUUAGCGCAAUCCUGCGGGACGACUUUUGAGGCUCCUACAAAUAACCGCAAGGAAACACGUGACCUUCGCAGCGGUGAGGGUUCAAAUUAUUCGCUCAAUUGCAAGGCCACGCCCACCCUUUCGAAUCGUACGCUGAAGAAUGCUCUAAACGACGAAAGUGUAGGCACGGUACGAACAAACAAAGCCUUUCUUUGCUUUUGUUUCAAAUGUUUAGAUGCAGUGUCGAAUUUCGGGAGACACUUUGGAACUCGUGACUUCAAACAAGAGAAUCGCCUUUGUAGCGUUGUUUUGGGAGAUCCCGUAAAAACUAACGUUUUAGGUCAUGUUUAUAAUGGCCGCCAGGUGGAACACUGGGACGACUACAAGACUACAAGCGUACUCAGGCGAUCUAUUCGGGCAGCUGUUGAGGCCAGUUGCUCUUUAGGGCGUGCUAUAGUGAGUGACCAGCGACAUUCGAAGGCCGCCAUUGGUCACUCAAUUAAGAUACUCAACACGGCCUUACUUUCUUCGUUGCGUUUGGGGGAUUUUAUAUACACAUCAAGAAACGCAAUGGAAGUGCACAUCGGGCAGCAGGAGGACUCCGUAAAGGAGUACUACGACUCUGGCGAGGCCAUGGAAGAUGACGGUUCCGAUGACUCGUGUUCUUCGGAAUCCACGCUGCGUGAUAUCAUCAGCAAUUCGUUUGUGGUUGGCAACAGCGUUUUCAGCGGCCUCUACAGCACUUUUGAGAACGACCAGUACAUUCAGCACGAUUUGGACGAGGCGGAUGAAGCUCAGAUGCACGGCACCCCGACUGUGAUUCAUCGUAGUCCGCGCCGCAAGGACACCAGCCCAUCACAGAGACGGUCUAUAAGCAAUGCACAACACUCCAGCAUUGAUUCUUCCGUGGAAGUCAACGUUCGCCAGAGCCGCAAAAACGCCCGCGACAUGGCGAACAGUGAGGUAUACAUCUAUGACCUCAGCGAGCGUAACGAUGCGCUUUCGGAAUCAGCAGUUGAGGACUGGUACGAGAGUGAUGGCAGCGUUCGUGGUUCUCGUAGGCAACGACAUAAACAGAGCACGAGCUCUCUGACCGAGAUUUAUGGCAACGACGAGGCCCUCAUUCCUAUGGGUCCGCUACCUAUAGGCGUAUACUUCGACGCCAGUCGCAAGCUUUGGCGCUGCCAGUGGCGCGAGAAUGGAAAGUUCCGCACCAAAGGGUUUAGUUUAGGUCACUACUCCUCACUGUGCGAGGCACGCCGGGCGUGCAUUCUCUUCCGUUGCCAAGUGGGCAACAUGCCUGUGCAGCCGGAAUGGCUUAACCCAAACUACGUCCAAGUCUCGCAAUUGCUCUCGAAGCGCUCUACGACAACCAACAACAAUACGUCUACUCCUAAAAAGUCCAAGCGGAAGCGCAAGGCCCACGCUGGGGCAUUAGAGGUCGACCCGGUCAAAUGA